AUGUCAGCCCUCAUCCACCCGCCGAAGCGCAAAUUGCAAGAGGUCGAAGAUGUCUCUCGCAAGAACAACGCGCUUAACUGGUCCCCUGAGGUGCAUUCGUUUUCACAGCCAUCAUCAAGGCCCUCUUCGCGCCCUUCUCCACGUCUUCCGAGCGAACGAGCCGACCUCCAUGCCGACUCAUACUCACAUCCCGCCUCAUUGAGAGAUAUGUAUGCCAAUCGAGCGUCACCGAUCCUCGCAGAUACCCUUCCUCUACAAACCCGACGCAACUUUAGCCCUACGGUAUCGAUUGUCCUGGUCGGAAUUCGUGGCACAGGAAAGUCAAGCCUAGCCGUCAUGUUGGCUGCAACCUCCGGGCGACGCCUAAUCGAUGCUGACCGAUAUUUUCAAACCAUGACCGGAUGCUCCCGCGCAGCAUAUAAAAAAGACAAUGACCAUGCCAUAUACCGUCAACAAGAAGCCAGGGUAUUUGAGUCUAUGCUCCUUGACAAUAAGGAAGGCUGUAUCAUUGCAUGCGGCGCGGGGGCGAUGGAGCGCAGUGGCCAAAAGCUCCUCCGAGACUAUGCGCAGACACAUCCGGUCAUUCAUGUGACACGAGAUCCGGAGAGCAUUCAGUCGUACUUAAAAGUCUGGGAUAUUCACAAAGUGAGACACUUUUUGGAACUUUCUGGUCCAAUAUACAGAGCCUGUUCCAACUUGGAAUUCUUCAACCUCUCCGAGGCUCCUAGCGGCGACCACAAUGGCAAGGAUAAUCACGAUCCACCACCAGGCCCGCCUACAGAACAAAGGCCACAGGCACCUACUCCAUUCCUAACACUCAAACGCGUACAGAGGGAUUUCCUUCGGUUCAUCGCAUCUGUGACCGGCGACGCCACUGAGCUCAACCGUCUGCAUGCAUCCUUCCCACUGUCUUUGCUGCCUGUCCAGUCGCGUCCCUAUACGAGCGCGAUAUCGGUCCCUCUGUCAAUUCUUUGCGAGAGGUCAUUAGAUAUUGAAGAGCUUGAAUUUGGUGCAGACGCCUUCGAGCUGGCCAUUGACAUAACUAGCCCCUCAGAUCAUCUAGGCGCUGACUCGCACUUGGCAGACACAAUCAGCCGCUUUGUAUCUGUCCUUCGUCGCAACAUCAUUAUUCCUAUAAUCUACCAUGUCGAAAGUCAUUGUUCACCCCGGGCACCUCUUCAUCCAGUUAUGGCUCGUACCACUGACGAAACGUACUUAAAUCUUGUUCGACAUGGGCUGAGACUAGCCCCGACGUUUCUUACUGUCGAUCUCUCUCGAGAUGACAGCAUCCUUUCUCAAAUCAUAAGCUCCAGAGGCUAUGUUACGGUGGUUGGCCAUUUUGAGAUCCUUCGACCUCUUCCUGGUGGCUGGGAUGGAGACGAGUACUUAAAAAUCUAUGAGAGGGCCAAACGACUCGGUUGUGGCCUUGUACGAAUGUGCCAGCCGGCUGAGUCAAUGGAGGACAAUGCAGCGGUGGAACGAUUCCGACAUCGUGUAUCAAGCCUUCCAGGCCCUGAAAUCCCAUUGAUUGCAUAUAAUACCGGACACCUCGGUCGUAUGUCUCGCUGUUUCAACCCCGUCCUAACCCCAGUCACCCAUUCUUCUCUUACACAACACGAGCCCACUCGAAUUCAACCAUCUAUCACUGCAUGCGACGCGCAGAAAGCCCUGUUUAGUUCAUUUACACUGGACCCAAUGCGUUUCUUCGUCUUUGGUGCCAAUACGACCUACAGUAUGUCACCCGCGAUGCAUAACGCCGCAUUCAAACUAUGCGGACUACCUCACUCCUACUCCAUCUUCCAAUCACCUACAUUACGAGGUCUGAAUGAGUUGGUCGAAGAUCAUUUCUUUGGCGGAUCCAGUGUCAGUCUUCCAUACAAGACCGAAGUCAUACCCCUUCUGCAUUCCAUGUCACCACAUGCUAGAGCCAUCGGGGCUGUCAACACUCUAAUCCCUAUCCGAGGCGACGACGACGCGGAUCCUCGUCUCUCUCAGGGAUCAUCCAUUUAUCUCAAGAAGGCCCAAGCUGGCCCCGUCAAGGGCCUUCAUGGCGACAAUACCGAUUGGAUCGGUAUCUGCAACUGCAUUCGUCGCGGCCUUUCACCAGCCAAUGCAGUCCGCCCUUCAACCACUGGUCUAGUUAUUGGGUCCGGUGGUAUGGCACGCGCAGCUGUCUACUCGAUGAUUCAUUUGGGAGUGCAGCAUGUAUUCGUCUACAAUCGCACAUUUGCAAAUGCAGAGAAGGUCGCUCAUCACUACAACCGCCAAGACCUCUACUCCAAUGAUCAAGCCAAGAUCGAUCGCCCCAGAGUCAGCACGCUGGCUUCGUCGCACGAUCCUUGGCCCGCAGAAUUCAAACAACCAACUAUCAUCGUCUCGGGUAUCCCCGCGCACAGUAUAGGCGGCGAGCCGGCGCCCAACUUUCAACUCCCGCCCCAGUGGAUCGAAAGCCCAACUGGUGGCGUUGUUGUGGAUCUGGCGUACAAACCCCUCAACACCCCUCUCAUGAAACAAGUGAGGGCCUUAUCGCAUCGAGGCUGGGGAGCUCUAGAUGGACUUGACGUCCUCCCAGAGCAAGGAUUUGCACAGUUUGAACUUUUCACCGGGCGCCGUGCACCUCGCCGCCUCAUGCGACGUAUUGUUCUGCAAGAGUACGUAGCAGAGGAAGAUGAGGACUCAGACGCUAUUCGCGACCGAUUGCAACGUCUUGACGGUCAGCCCAUUUGA